CGUGAAUGUAACGGAGACACAAACGUUUAUUUAACCUAGAAUAUCAACAAUGAGGAAUACCUGGACUUGCCAAAGUUAGCAUCGGCAAAAUUAAAUAAUUUGGGCAGAUUAGAAAAAUAAAAUGUGGCUAAGCUACAUGAUUUUAGUGGCUUUAGCUCAUGUAAUGUCAGCUGUUUUAUCGCAGUUGGUCGUGAACGUGAAAAACAAAGGGGGCGACGUAAUCAAAGAAGUGAUAUCGGGGAACACCACUUCUGACGUGGUGGAACUGCAGUUUCAGAACACGGACGGCACAGUCAUCUAUCAAUUCAUCGACUUCAAAUCGGAGGUGCAGAUUUUUCGUGCCUAUGUCCUAUGGGAAGAGGAGCUGGGCUUCACUAGAAAUAAACCUUUUACCCUGUGCUUUGUGUCCAGAUUUAACAAGAAUGAGUUCAUUUCCUCUGAUGCCAUGUCCAAACUCAGACAGAAAAACCCCAAUGCAAUCCGUAGUCCAGAAGAGGAGAGAGUUCCUGAGAUGCACAUCAUGGAUCUGCAGAUGAACCUAAAAAGAACGGACAUAGUCAGUCCUAACAUACAGAAGGUGUGCCAGGACGCCAACACCACAACGUACGCCAAGGAGUCCGAUAUCAAAAUAUGGUCACAAGCUUUAGGUCAGGAUAUCAACCUACUGAUGUCGACAUCGAGAAAAACCUACCCCGAGAAGUAUGGGAACUGUAAAGACACGUCCAGCAUUACCUCCCCUUGUGUUUGUCACUACCACAUCUGUGUGGGCUGGUACCCCUGUGGCUUGAAGUACUGUCGAGGGAAGGACUCGGCGGGGCGAUAUGUCAGUUAUCGCUGUGGAAUUAAGACCUGUAGGAGGUUUAUCUCUUACGAUUUUGUUGUUGACAAGAAACAUAACUGUUUGUGGGACGACAUUUAAUUAAGUUCACCACGUCUUUAAAAUUUUGUAAAUUGAUUGGCCAUUCUGUAUCAUUUAUGGAUGGGAUUUUAUAGUUUUCCAAUCAGAUCAUUAUAUGUUGUCUGAUGAAAUCCUGAAUUUAGUCCCUCUGUAUUUCAAAUGUACCCGAAUGCAAUUUACAUUUGAUUUGAUGAGUGACAGGCUGUACCAAUUAAUUUUUCAUUUUCAGUUUUUGUGUGUUGACACAGUUACAACAUAUUAUUGAUUUUGCAGACCAGUACAGGAGUUUGACGGGUUGUUCUGGUACUGUUGAAAUGAGAAGUAAACAAUUACUGCUUUUGUAAAAUUCUCGGAGACAUCGAGUCGAUAUGUUCUUCGAUGUUAUCGGGUAUGUCAUUAUAUAUGACAUGCUUAAAGUAUCUACUGGUUUGUGAUUAGAACGGUGCUAAUGACUUAUUGGACAGAGUUUAUUGAUUUAUGGAGCAUUUCAUCAUCAAAUUUCUGGUCCCAAAUAUUUCUGUGACUUCUGAAACCUGAGAAAACACUCCUCACACGAGUUGUUAUUUUCCAAGAAAUGUAUUUUAAAAACCUACUUGGAUAUGCCAAUUGCAAAAUACUACAGAUGUAUGAGCCAUGCAGGGGGUUCCUGGCAUUUUGUAACAUACUGUUCAGUUCAUUUAACGUGCCAAAUAUUGCCUAUCUGGAUUUAUUUAUUUAUAUACAACUGCUUUAUAGAAAUGUAUUCUGCUUUGUACGUGUAUUAAAAGAUUAUAUUUUUA